UAGUAAACACACUGAGUGGACGAGGUUCAUUCAGCAGCGGACAGAAGAGCGAGCAGAGCAGGUACGCAGCAUGUUAGGACUGAAUGUACUCUACUUGGCCAUUAUGACUUUUAGCGUCUUGUCUUGUUAAUCAUUUUCCACUUUUGCACACUUUUAGAAUGUCUGCGGACAAGUGAUGAUAGAAGAAGUGAUAGCCUACCAGCGUAAAGGUGUUGUUAAUAUAUUUCUCGAGCCUUAAGGAGCCACGUGUGCGCAUUUUAUUUUGCUUUAGCUAUCAUGGACUUAAAUGAUGCCAAGACUCAUGAACUGGUGACACACAGAGGUUUCAAGUUGAUCCACGGGACUCAUGAUCCAGAUGAUGUGGACCAGAUUUACAACCUGGAGAUCAGAGACUCUGAUGUGUUUGUCGUCACAUACCCCAAAUCAGGAACCAUCUGGAUGCAGCAGAUCCUGCUGCUCCUCGAGGCAAAGGGAGAUCUGACAACCAUCAAUCACCUCAACAACCACUCCAACGCUGAUCUCAUCCCCUGGAUUGAGGUGAAUGGCAACAGGCAGAUGUUUAUCACGGCCCCGUCCCCCAGGCUGAGGGUCACCCAUCUACAGCUCCACUUUAUGCCUUCUGCUCUGAGCCAGAAGGGCAAGGUGAUCUACGUGGCAAGAAACCCCAAAGAUGUCCUUGUGUCUUACUUUUACUUCCAUAAGCUUGCAAACAUGUUGGAAACUCCCAAGGAUUUCAACGACUUUUUUGAGAAAUUCAUCAGAGGAGACGUGUUUGGGGGCAGCUGGUUUGAGCACGUUAAGACUUGGUACUCACACAAGAAUGACAUGGACAUGCUGUUCAUCACUUAUGAAGAAAUGAUUAAAGACCUGCAGUCAGCAGUGGAGAGGAUCUCCUUGUUCCUGGGUAAAGAGCUGACUGAUGAGCAGCUGGCCAAUGUGGUGAAACACAGCACCUUCAACAACAUGAAGAAGAUCCCUCAGGCCAAUUAUGAGCAGGUGCCAGGUGACCUGCUCAGCCACCACCAGGGAACAUUCAUGAGGAAAGGAACCGUCGGGGACUGGAAGAACCACUUCACUGCGGCCCAGAAUGAGAGGUUUGACAAGGUCUUCCACAGAGAGAUGGAGAACUUUCCUCUGGCCUUUAAUUGGGACAUCAUGGACAUUAAUUGAUCAGUUGUUUGACUCAUGACAGCACGAAGAAGAAGAAAAAAGUCAAAAGCAAUUUCAUGAACACAACACAGAAAAAAAAAAACAUGAAUCAUGUGAGCUUCUCUUAUACCAGUGUCUUUGUACAUUUUAAUCAUGAGACUACAUUUUCCAAAGUAUACUAUAGUUUCCUUCAUUCCAGCCACUGGUGGCUAUUGAUUUUAAUACACUUUGAAAAUCUAUGCAAAGCUGCACUCGGGACAGAUUAUGCAGUAAUUUUGACAUAGUACACUUUUCAUAUGAUCAUCUAGUAGAUAUGUUGUGAUCUUGUUGCCUUGUGGUCUUUUAAAAUCACAACUCCAGCUAUUGCCUCACUGUUUACAUCAAACUGCAGUGAAUGUACAGCCUCUUUAGUCAGACAUCCUUCUGUUCUAUUGUUCUCACGGUUACAUUAUUGAUGCUUGGUAAUAGAGCUUGCAUGCUUUAAAUGAAUCCAUGUUUACAGCUGUUUUACCAUGGAGGAAUGACUUUGACCAAAGAAUUAGAAUAGAUAGAAGGGACACUGCACUGCUGACUGCGUUGAUUUUGCGAGUGCAAGACAAAUUGCAAUGGCGAUUGUUGCUAGUUGCAUUUAAUUCAUUUUCUGAUGGACAGAAAGCUUUUCUUGUUGCUAAAGUAAUGCUAACCUCCACCUGCUGCUAACUGUAGCUGCAGUCAGUUAGCUCAGUUAAACUGAUGCUAACUCACUGCAGGAGUUGACUUGAGGUGUUCAGAGUGUCUGAGCGCCAAGUUGUGCAACACCAAGAUUUUGUAGCUCAGCUGACUUGGUUGCACAGACCGUGGUGUACUGAUUGGCUAGCUACAGGAGUCAACAAGAACAGAGCAAGACUCUUCUGACAGCAACCAGUAUGAAGCACUAGACAUUCAAAGGGACUGUGUGCAUCGACCACACUGAGCUGCUACCAGGACUGCUGGGGGGCACCAGGGAGUGUUUCCACAGCUAGCACAGGAGUAUGGCGUGUGGAGAGGAGGAGGCCUUCAAACCCAGGGAGGGGCUGGUGAGGAGUUUUUUAAGAAAGCUCUGUUAUAUAUCAAGCUGCGAGCAAGACAGACUGUUCUUCUUUUGGUUGGACUACUAAGUAAUAUCUGACUUGCUAUGUCUUGCAAUGUUUGACUGUUAGAAAAGUUGUCGACUAGUUUUUGAUCAUAUGUAAUCCUAACAAAUGCACAUGUACAGCUGUUCAUACUUACUACAGUUUACAGUAGUGUAAAAGUGAAUUGCACUCUGAAACUGUAGGAGCACCGACAGGAUGCAUUUUGAUGUGAUUUGAUGAAGGAGGAGAAGAAGCGGAGUGUGGCGUUCAAUGCACAUUUAAUGGACACAACAUCAGAUUCAGUUCUGGCAUGCAGCAGAAUGAAUGAGCAAAUUCACUAACUGAAAGUUCUUUAACAGUCUUGGCUCAAUGCCAGUUAUUUUGGUACAUUAAAGGUUCCUUUUAUGAGUUGCCUGUCAACACAGAUGUAACAUCUUACUCCAGUGUGGUCAGUGGAGACGUAAAGUCUGUCGUAAAAAUUCAGAUCUCUUACUUAAGUAAAAGUACUAAUACCACACUGUAAAAUUACUCCACUAUAAGUAAAAGUCCUGCAUUCAAAACUUACUGACGUAAAAGUAUAAGCAGUAAGUAUCAGCAUCAAUAUGUACUUAAAGUAUCAAAAGUAAAAGUACUCAUUAUGCUGAAUGAACCCACUCAGAUUGUAAAUUGUAAUGUUAUUCUAAAAACAUUAUUAGAUUAUUAUUAUUAAUGAAUUUAUGUAAUUUAAUUUAACAAAGGUAGGGCUCAUUUAACUACUCACUAUACUGUUAUGAGAUUUCAUUAAAAAAAAAAGUUUAUAUAUAAUAAAUAAUAUAUUCAACCUCGACCUGAAAAGUAACUAAAGCUGUCAGCUAAAUGUAGUGGAGUAUAAAGUACAAUAUUUGCCUCAAAAUGGAGUGAAGUAGAAGUAUAAAGUAAUAUAAAAUAGAAAUAUUCAAGUACAAGUACCUCAAAAUUGUACUUAAAUACAAUACUUUAGUAAAUGUACUUAGCUACUUUCCACCACUAAAAGUACCCACAUACCUUAGUAUAAAGGUUGUGCUGAAUUUACAGUUGCAUGCUGUGUAGAAUUACAAGUAAUGCAUCCUAACAAGCACUAAAUUGUAAAACACCAUUUCUUCACAAUGUUGCUUUAAUUUAACAAAUUUGAUGACUUACUAAUUGAAAUAAAAAGCAAUUAAAUCCAGCAAUCCAUCAUUCCUCUCUAGCAGGAAGUUAACAGUGAUAGGGCAUAAAAGCAUCUUCACGCCCCUCCAUCCAUCAUUCGCUGCUUGUUUGAAUGUCACUGCUGUACACUUCAUUUUGCUUGUGACUUGCUGCACGUCGGUUUAUACGGAAGUUAUUCCACUAAAACAGGACCAUUCUGUUAAGUUGAUUUAAAAUGUCCCUUCUAUCCAUAAUUCUAAUUCUAUGGCUCCGGCAUUACUAAAAGCAGCUUCCUCUUUACUUCGAUGGAAUGCAUCAAGUAGUUUUAAAGUCUAAAGUCCAUAUUCAGUCCCAUACUGUCGUGAAAGGAAGGUUCAGUGGGCUUUAUCUGAUUUGUAGUGAAACAUGCAAAAACACUCAUGUGUUAUAUAGCUGCUAAAUAUAUACUACCAGUGUAUGAUAUUGAUGUUCUCAUAAAAAAUAUAUAUAAUAAUGGAUGCAUGAAUGCAUGGUGCCUUAGUGUACAGGGAUCACACUUAGUGUUUAUGUCAAAUUCCAUUGCAGAAAUGUGAGCUAAAGUGCAGAGGCGUGGACUCGAGUCUCAUGACUUGGGCUUGAGGCCAUUGUACUCAGAAAUGAUACAUGAUUGUAGUUGUCACAGAAGUAACAUACCAUUGAUUUAAAUGUUCUAAAGGUCAUAUGCAAGAAAAUACUGUAAAUGCAGAAUGCAAAACGCAUUCAUUGUUUCUGUAAAUUUACUGUAACAUUGUUUAUAUCAUUAAAAUUGAAUGUAGUGAAGGAUGUACAAGAAGUUGUUUAACAUUGGAAACACAAUGUUCAGGACUUGUUGUUGAUGUGAAACUUACUUCCAAAAAAGGGCCUUUGUCCCACCUCUGCAACUGAUUGUUUUUCAACAAGUAACUCUCUGUUAUGCAUUUAUUAACACUGUAUAUUUAUGU